UUGUGGAAAGUCGGACUUAUUUGGAAAAGAGGGAGUUGCCAGGCGGAAGAGAGCACUUGGCUUAACAUUACAUUAGCCUACUUGAACUUUAAAAUCCGAAGCUCUCACUGUAAGUUUACUGUAGGCAUGUGUUAAAAGUACAGUAUAACUAGCCUAUCUAAAAACCGAGCUGACAAGACAAGGAAUUUGUUGAAGGGAAGUUAGCCUAUCAGCAUAAUAGCCAUCCCUCAGGAAAACGCUGGAGUGCUGUCAUUGCGUCAGCGCACUUUCCCCCUCGCAAUUGCUGGGCCUACUUCUGGAGGACUAGAGCGGACAUCACUCGACCUCACAUCCCUCUCUAACACGGUCCGUCUCUACAGCAUAUGUUUGGCUCUCCACCUCUAUCCAGCAUCUGACCUGCAAUUUCUGUGACAGACAAAGGCGUCCUCGGUAUAGCCAGUUGAAGCGUCCCUCCCAGUGUGUUCUUGUGAGGAGGAUGGAGACGAACCCCAUUCCCGUGGUAACGGUCCAAACGAGCCCGUUCGAUGACCAGCGGCCCGGUACCAACGGGCUGCGGCGGAAGACGGAGUUGUUCGAGGGCAAGAAGAACUACCUGCAGAACUACAUCCAGAGUUUACUGUCGUCCAUCGACCUGAGGGACCGCCAGGGAUGUACCAUGGUGGUGGGAAGCGACGGACGCUACUUCAGCCAAGCAGCCACCGAGAUUAUUGUGCAGAUGGCCGCCGCCAACGGGAUUGGCCGUCUGGUGAUUGGCCACAACGGCCUCCUGUCCACCCCUGCUGUGUCCUGCAUCAUCAGGAAGAUCAAGGCCAUUGGUGGAAUCAUUCUGACAGCCAGUCACAACCCAGGAGGCCCCGGGGGAGACUUUGGGGUGAAAUUCAACGUGGCCAAUGGAGGCCCGUCUCCGGACACAGUGAUGGAGAAGAUUGCCCAGGUGAGCAGGACCCUGGAGGAGUACACCAUCUGUCCUGACCUCCACAUAGACCUGGCCAGACUGGGACGCCACGACUUUGACCUGGAGAACAAGUUCAAACCCUUCAGAGUUGAGAUAGUGGACUCAGUGGAGGUGUACCUCAACCUGCUGAGAACCAUCUUUGACUUCAGCGCCAUCAAGACCCUUCUGACAGGACCUGAACAGCUGAAGAUACGCGUAGACGCCAUGAAUGGAGUGAUGGGUCCGUAUGUGCGGCGUAUCCUGUGUGAUGAGCUGGGUGCUCCUGCCAAUGCUGCCGUCAACUGUGUCCCCCUGGAGGACUUUGGGGGCCGGCCUCCAGAGCCCAGCCUCACAUAUGCAGCCCCAUUGGUCGAUGCCAUGAAGGGUGGAGACUUUGGUUUCGGAGCUGCGCUCGAUGCAGACGGGGACCGGUAUAUGAUCCUGGGUGAGAAUGGUUUCUUUGUGAACCCAUCAGACUCCUUGGCUGUCAUGGCUGCCAACCUCUCCUGCAUCCCCUACUUCAGACAGCUGGGGCUAAAGGGCUUCGCUAGAAGUAUGGCAACCAGCACUGCCCUAGACAGGGUGGCCAAAGCCCUGAAGGUGACGCUGUAUGAGACUCCUACAGGCUGGAGAUUCUUUGGGGACCUGAUGGACUCUGGGAGGUGCUCGCUCUGCGGAGAGGAGAGCUUCGGGACAAGUUCAGACCACAUCCGUGAGAAGGAUGGUCUGUGGUCGGUGCUGGUGUGGCUGUCCAUCAUGGCUGUCAGGAAACAGGGCGUGGAGGAAAUCGUCAAGGACCACUGGGCCAAGCUCGGACGCAACUACUUCUGCAGGUUUGACUAUGAAGGCGUGGACCCCAGAGCUGCAUUCUACCUGAUGAGAGACUUGGAGGGGGUGAUCACAGACAAGGCCUUUCUUACCCAGAAGUUUGCUGUGGGGACUAACGUCUACAGUGUGGAGCGGGCUGAUAACUUUGAGUACAUCGACCCUGUGGACGGAACCGUGGUCCGCAACCAGGGUCUGCGGAUUGUCUUCACAGAUGAGUCCCGUCUGGUCUUCCGUCUGAGUGGGAGUGGGGGAGGGGCCGGGGCCACAGUCCGGAUCUACGCAGAGAGCUUCGAGAGAGACCCCGAGAGACAUAACAGAGAAACUCAGGCGGUGCUGGGUCCCCUCAUCGCCAUCGCCCUGAAGAUCUCUGACAUCCACGAGAGGACAGGACACCGCGGCCCCACCGUCAUCACCUGAGCUCUGCUCCACUGCACACACACACACACACACACACACACACACACACACACACACACACACACACACACACACACACACACACACACACACACACACACACACACACACACACCACCUGAGUGCUCCCCACACACACACACACACACACACACACACACACACACACACACACACACACACACACACACACACACACACACACACACACAGCACCUGAGUGUUCCCCCCACAAACACACACAAACAUCUAUGGCCAAGUCCCUAAGGCCACACCGUCCUGCUUGUUGCCACACCUGGGGCCAAUAGUAGGCAAGAACUACAUGUAUUCUCUCUCUCUAUCUCUCUUUCUCUCUCUCUAAUCUCUCUCACUCUCAACAUGUAAGAUAUUAUGUAGUCUGCAAAGAAAAGAAGCAAACUGUUUCUUUCAGCUGUUGAUAAACAACAUUUGUUCAUAUAAGGCUUCUGUUAUGAAAGUUGUAUUUUCUGGAUGUGUGUGUGUGUGUGUGUGUGUGUGUGUGUGUGUGUGUGUGUGUGUGUGUGUGUGUGUGUGUGUGUGUGUGUGUGUGUGUGUGUGAUCAUUAUAAAGUUGACAGACUGAAUUAAAAGGGAGAAGUCCAUUUUUCAUACACCAUACAUGCCCCGAAUACAACAGAUGUAGACCUUAACGUGAAAUGCUUACUUACAAGCCCUUAACCAACAAUGCAGUUCAAUAAAUAUAUAUAUAUUUAAGUAACACAAUAAAAUAACAAUAUCGAGGCUAUAACCAGGGGUACCGGUACAGAGUUAACGUGCUGGGCUACAGGUUAGUCGAGGUGGUAUCUGUUAACAACUUCUUGUUCCAAUGGGGCCACCACCACUUUUAGUUUUUCUGCUCUUCAUUAGACGGCCUGUUUUUGCCAUAGAUGUAUUUCAUUUGUUUUUGUUUUUUAUCCAAAUAAAUGUGUAUCUUUUGUGUGUAAUGUCUUUUUACUUAGUCCCUUCUGUUACUGGGAAUAUUAGUAGGUAGUGUUAUUCACCUCCUUUUAGUAUCCUUCUCAUCCUGCUGAGCCGAACUGUACUGUGUUAUGCAGCUGCUUAGUCGCUGGAACCUUGAUGCUGGAAAGGAUGUGAAGAGAAAAUAUCUGAGCCAUCACAGUAUGGUUCGGGUAGACAGGAUAGUGUGAAAAGGGUUGUCCAAAGACAGACUGGCUUGUGGCUACAAUAUGGUUAUUUUCCUUCAUCUUUAGUGGGCUGUUCGUUCAUGUGUAUUCCAACUGUCAUAUGGAAUUGUGUAAUACAUGUGUAUUGUGUGUAUCCUUA